ACGGGACUGGGACAACAUAUGAGGGAAAUGUAAGCAAAACGAAGAGUGGCUUCACUUGCCAGAAGUGGAACUCGGACACUCCCCAUCAACACUUCUUCAAAUCCUCCCGAUACCCUAUUGUUGGUUCUCAUAAUUAUUGUCGUAAUCCUGGCAACCAAGAAGAAGCCCCGUGGUGCUUCACAACCAAUGGACGUGUUCAGAAGGAAGUGUGUGCCAUACCAAAGUGUGUUGGUGGAGCUAGUGGAUCAGCAGGGGGGAGAAGAGCAAGGCAACAAACUCAUGUUCAUAUUGGUUCCUGGUAUCACAGUCCCACUGGCUCUUGCUUUGCUCCUUGCCCUUGUCUGCUUCUGCCAGCAAUCAAGGAGCAGACAAAAUGGCAAGGGGAAGACUGCCAAUCGACCAAAUGUCCCAAUGGAAAUGAGUCCCCUCAACCCCAAACCAAGCUCGCGAGCCAGAGAAUUUCCAAUGGGCAACAUACGCUUUCUUCAAGAACUGGGUGAAGGUGCUUUUGGCAAAGUUUAUAAAGGAGAACUAUUGGGAUUGUAUGGCGACAAUAGUGUCAGCAAGGUUGCUAUCAAGACCUUGAAAGACACUGCAACUCCAAAGACACAAAAUGACUUUCGACGUGAAGUUGACCUGAUGUCAGAAAUGAGACACCCAAAUAUUGUGUGUCUGCUAGGUGUAUGUAUGAAACAGGAGCCAAUGUGCAUGUUGUUUGAGUAUAUGACACAUGGUGACCUGCAUGAGUAUCUCCUGAUGCAUUCACCCCACUCUGAUAUAUCAGGAAAGGAUGACGAGGGGGCAGCUAAGUUACUGGAGUAUCCUGACAUGCUGUUCAUGUCACUGCAGAUAGCUGCAGGCAUGGAGUAUCUGGCCAGCCACCAUUUUGUCCACCGAGACUUGGCAGCCAGAAACAUCCUGGUUGGAGAAAACCUGACAGUCAAAAUCUCUGACUUCGGGUUAUCAAGAGAUGUUUACUCUUCUGAUUACUACCGUGUCCAAAGUAAAUCUCUAUUGCCUGUUCGCUGGAUGCCACCUGAGUCUAUCAUGUAUGGUAAAUUCACAACUGAUAGUGAUGUUUGGGCAUUUGGGGUUGUCUUGUGGGAGGUAUUCAGCUAUGGCCUUCAACCAUAUUUUGGGUACUCUAACCAAGAGGUGAUUGAGAUGAUCCGUUCCAGACAGAUUCUAGGAUGUCCCGAAGAUUGUCCAGCUCGCAUAUAUGGCUUGAUGGUUGAAUGCUGGCAUGAAACACCAGCUAGAAGACCUUCUUUCAGAGAAAUGCAUGCUCGUCUGAGAGCCUGGAAGGGAGAAAUAAUGACUGGCCAGAAUCCACACUGGAGCCUGUCCCAGAGUCACUCGGCACACUCAAGCAGUACUCACCAGAGUUCCCACAGCCAGCCCAGCCACCACAGCAGCACUGGACCGAGCAACACCACCGCCGUUACUGGGUUGACUGGCAGCAGCAAUACUUCAGACCCCAUGUACCACCCAAUUGCUCAACCACCCCAGAUGGUCAUGCACCACCCUAACCUGCCCAGCCACAUGCAGCCGCUGCUGCCACCUCACAACACUAGGAACGGACCACCACCCUAUAAUAAGUUGGAGAAUUCUCAAACUAAAAUAUCACCACCUGGUUCAGUAGCAAGUUCAAAUUCUACAAAAAGUGCCACAUCGCAAGGUUCCUCUACUGGGAACCUCAAGCCUGGAAAUCAUAAUGCCAUGCCCUUGUACAUAGGGAACAAUGCCAAAAAAUGGCACACCAUCUGUGACGGAGUGCAACCGUUUUAAUAGUCUAAUGUCACACAAUGGAUACAUUCCUGAUCAGAGGACUUCAGAAAUAUAAGGUGUACCAGUAUGCACAGAGGUGUGUGCUGACUGCCCGAUAGAGCUCCCAGAGUCUGUCACUGCUUGAUUGUGAUGAUACAAUGAUGCUGUUACAUGAUUGUACAAAUUAUUUCGUCAUUGGAAUACAACCAGAAUGGGAAUGGUUCUGUUGUUUCUGGCACAACUGAUGCCAGUUGAUGUGUUAAGACACUGGUGUGCAAUGCUGAACGUGACCGUUCUCAGUAAACGAUGCAAUAACAUAGUGUUAUAAAGUGCCACUGGCUUCAACCAGAUGUCUUCAACUUGCUGAACAUUGACUCGGUGCUAUGAGAUUUGUUGACUUUUGUAUAAUGCAGUUAAGUAGAAGACAUGCCUCCCAAGCUUGCCCUAUGCCUUAGAGUCAUGGGUGCAGCUGGCUGUCACUAGUAUGGUAGCAAUACCAAAGAUAAACUUUGGGCCAAUAUUUGUUGCACUAUACCUAGAAGCUUCAGUGUUUGUUUUGUUUGGCCAUAGAAUUCAGUUAAAACUUACACGUGGUUCAGUUCAUGGGGAAAUAUGAGAAUGAUGGUGUGACUUGCUAAAAAUCAAAUAUGUUUAUUUGAAAAUAAGGACAUUUUGAGAAUUUGAGAUGAUUUCCACAUCGCCCUUGGACAAGUGUUGGAGCAGUUUUAAAUGAUGCUAUUCACAGUUACUGUGAUAUAUAGAUCAGUAUUGUUGUUAAUUUUGCAGUUACUUUGUUUUGCCUGACUAGCUGUUGUCUAUUUAUUUUAUUCAAGUCUAACUUGUGAGUAACAGCAUAAUACUAUACUCUGUAGACCAGCCUAAAGACCAAAGAUUGUAGCCUUAAAGCAAUCUUAGAUUGCAAACAAUCUUCACAAUUUUUUGUUGCUAGAUGGAGUUUUAGUAGCAUUUUAAUCUGUUUUGAUGCUUGUGUGAGUCUUGGGAACAUGAGAGACAGUCUGUGUGGCAGAUGGAAGGAUGUGUUGAUUGUGAGGGGUAUCGUUAUACUUAUCUGUCACUAACAUUAUUGCAUGAAGACAAUCAGACAAUUUGAGUGGGUGGGUAGGAAGGAAUGGACCUUUUGAGGAGGAAACCGGUGAUAGCUGAAAUAACCUCUGGCACAUGAAAGCAAAAAUAUGCAUGAAUGAGGAUGUGUAACAGUCCCUUUUGCCUAUGUUGAUGCAGCACAGAUACUGUCCCUCCUGCCUGUGUUGACACAGCACCUGUACUGGAAGACUGUCCUUCAUGCCUGUGUUGACACAGCACCUGUACUGGAAGACUGUCCCUCCUGCCUGUGUUGACACAGCACCUGUACUGGAA